AUGUUGGUCUCGUCCAGAUUCGACUCGGCAGGAGAUAUAUUUACAAACAUUAGUGUUUUGGCAUUACCGCCAACUGACUACCAGAAGAGCCCGAUUUUUUCACCCUUUCGGACCCGGCAAGAUCUGCAAAGCUUAGCUGCACGAGGAUUAAAGCAAAAGGACUUGAAUGAAGCAAAACAGAGUUCAGCUAUUGCUCGUGGAGUGAGCCCAGGGGGUCUUAAUCGACAAUAUACACGUAUUUUGCCCUUCAUGUCUGAGAAGAAAAUGAAGGAUACUCUAUCAUUCAGCGAACAUGAUGAUUAA